CCGACGCAGACACCGAUUUGCCUAUCAAGAAGAAGGCUCAUGUUUUCUUCUCUGAACCAUCGCGCGGUCAACACGGAAAGACGAGAUCGAGUUGUACAAAGGUAUUAAUUAUUUUUACCUUCAGUUAUAGGGGACAUUUAUCUGUUUCUUUUAAGGAGUGUAUGUAAGCCUGCUAUUCCCUAAGGUUGCAAAGAUAAAAUCCCGAACCUUCGUAAGUUUUGUAUUACAGCAAAUGAUUUCAGGUACGUUCACGACCGCAAUGCACACUGGUUGAAGGUGCCCCUUUAAGGAAGUGUGCUCGGUAACUGCCCUCCAGAAGUUGAUGGUGGGUGACCUUGGUAUUUUUUUAUCCCAGAGUAUUACGAUCAUAAACGUAUGCCGAUGGCACGGCCAUGUUUCAUGUGUUAUUUCAAGAAUAAAGCACGUUUAGGAGAAAGUGAAUCAGUAAAAAAACUCAUUCAAAAUUGUCUUUAUUUGUUAUAGCAUGCCGACGUCACCUCACGAAACCAAGAAAAAUUUUUGUCGGAUUUUUCUUGUGAAAGCGAGAAGCAUUUCUAUCCAAGUGCAUCAACACCUCUUCCAAUGCAAUUACAGCCCAGAG